AUGUCAUCCAAGAGUGUCCUUUCCGAAGCUAUCGUCCAUGUGCCCUCUCCCGGAAAUGAUUAUUCUCAUUCCGACCCUUCCAUGCCUCGAAUGCGAAUGCCCCAUCUUGAAUUCAUCUACCGCAUCGUUGCCGAGAUGGACAAGGGCGGGGUCGAAGCGAUUGAAGGUGUAGAUAGUACCGACAAGACUCGGCUCUAUCUGCCCAUUCAAGGGGGAACGGUGCAUGGUCCUCAGAUCAGGGGUGUAAUAGUUCACAAGAGCGGCGCAGACUGGGCCGAGUCUUUUGUUCGGUUGAACGCUACGUACAUGCUCAAGACAGAUGAUAACGUACACAUCCUUGUCAAAGCACAGGGGGUAUACAGGACCGGUCCGGGGCUGGAAGAUAAGGCCGGCGAGCAAGAUAUAGCUUCUCAGGACGAUGUGGAGUAUUUUACUCAUAUCACAUUUGAGGCACCAGGAGGUAGUAGGUAUGGAUGGAUGAACGGGGUUGUUGCCAUCGGGGUCAUGACCAUGUGGCACGGCAAACCCGUUAUUGACUGCUACCGAUUGACCAACUUUCCUGGUAGAAUUGCAGCGAAUUUAUAA